CGCCCACGACCUCACUACCCCCGCCCCGGCGGCUAUAUUUGGUAGUUGAAUGCACCAGCAACAGGGAUGAGCUCCGUGUUCGUGAACGCCUGGUGAGUUUAUUUCUUCUAUUAAGCCGAUCAUGAAUAAGCCUAUGCAAAGCCGAGGAACCGUCCAAACAAGCUUGGGCGUUUGAUCGUGUGGCUGAACCACAAUUAUCUUAAUCUUGAAAGAUAACAUUACCAGUGUAUUUUUUAAACAUGAUGAGGACGCACAGUUGCAGAAUGAGCAUCACUAGGCCCAAAGCGUAAGUCACCCAGUCUCAGUUGAUUCGUGAUGAAUUUGCGAUGAAUUCGCGGAUAUUUUCACCGCAUCAGGUUGUUAAAGUUGAAGACCAGCCUUCUGUAAGAUGUGAGCCAAGAAGAGAUUUAAGACAGCGCCAGCGCCUCUCUGUAGUUUUGCACGAGAAAUUGCAACGAGAAAUUCCAAGUGCUUGGUGAACAGCAGCGUUUUUUUCGUAGAACAAGAGAAGUUGAAGGGUCUGCUUGUUUAAAGAUGUAAUGGAAGACGAGUAGCACUUCGAAGAUUUGGCUGGAUGGGGACGAUUUUUCUUGCGAACAAGUCACAUAGGCAUGCUUCUAGUUGUCGGCAAUAGAUUGAGGGUCUGCGAGGAGAAGAACGCUGUGAACAUUAUGUAAGAACUCGCGCCCAUUGAUGUAGUCGUGAACGCUUCUAGUAUACAUCUGAGAAUGCAUAGGAUCAGAAAUUCCAUCUCGUUGUUGACGAAUUCGCUGUCCUGGUACAACACGACAGCGCACCAGUCGUAUUUUUACGCUCUGGCGCAUCCGAUGAGGGAACUUGAGCGGAAUUUCGUGGAAUUUCUCGGGGAAAAAAAAACUCUUAGCGCCGGAGCAGCAGCGUAGCUAACAGCCGCGCGGUCGCUGUGUGAAAGAUGUUUUCGCAGGGACAGCAAUCGGCGCGUUCUCGGGCGCAGGCUAUCGCGGUAGACUACCCGCGUCUUGUUCUGUCCAAAUACGGGGGCCCAUAGUAGCAAGCGUGAGGAAACAGACAACAGCGCCGUGCUGUUGAGGGUAGUCGAAUCCCCAUAGCAUGAAGCUUAUAUCUUGUGCCAAUUGUUCGCAGCCCUUGACCCGAACUACCCACGCAGGGCAAAGCUGUAGCUUUUUCGCCUGCUGGCCCUAUUCUGGCACCCGGUGGCGGAAUGUGCCGCUUGGGUGUCGUGCCAUAUCGGAUACUUGUGUCCCGGACUUUGGAAGAGUUCUUGUGUUGUCUUGUGGUUGCUUCCGGGUGGGUCGCGACCUAGGUCGCGACCUAGGUCGGAGGUCGUGUUAGCCCUCUGGGUUCCCUCUGUUUGACAUUUGCC